UGUAUUGCGAGAAGUUUGCAGUUAUUUUUUCUCGAACUUGCUGCUAUUUCCUUUUUCGUGUUGUUUUAGAGUUGGGGACUAAAAGAGGAGUGUGAAUUUCGAGUUAGUUGUAGAGUUCUGUGAGGAUCCGGGAGCAAUUUGUAGCAGCGGAUUUAGAAAUUUGUUAGAAAUGGCAGCAGCUGCAUGCCAGAUGAUGUCCUUGAAAGUGGCGCAAAGCCCCAGGGUUGCUCUAGACAACCAGGCCAUGCGAGGUUGCAAGGCCGCUUUGAGUUCUGCUUCCUUGGGAUGUAGUCGUGGAGUUGUUUACACCUUGGGCGCGAGGUUGCGCGCGGUUGGAGGUGAUAGCUGGGGAUACAAGAGCAGCUGCUGCCGGAAAUUCGUCGUCAGUGCAGCUGUUGCGGAGCCUGCUUCUGCGAUCCAGGCUGAGUCUGGUGCUCCAGCAGAGGGCUUGUCCAUGCACUUUAAGGCAGAGGGAUCCAUGAACGAGAACUCAAUCUCGAAAGUCACCAAGGCACUUGAGGGAAUCGAGGGUGUGAGCCAAAUCAAGGUUUACGUUGAGGAAGGCGCUGCCACCGUUGAGUUGGUCAAACAGACCGACAUUCAAGCAACGGGUGUCGCUUCAAGUUUGGUAGAAACCAUUGUGCAGGCAGGAUUCAAGAUUCAAGCGCUAAGCUUAGGCUUUGAUGACGAUGGCGGUGAUGAUGACGAAUUCAUCGAUUACGACCCAUCUUCCUUCAGUGAAGAGGAAGAAGCCACUGCUGAGUAGAUGAUUUGAUUAGUCCAACUUAUUUCUGUUUUUCCAGUUGCCUGGUCUCUGGGUCUUUCUUGUGGGGAUCAAAUAUUCUACCUCCGACUUAGGAAAAAUGUAAAUGUGCUAUUUUCGAGUUGUGCACAAGUUCGGGAAGAAAGCAUUUUAUCUUCAUGUUAUGGUUGAAUUCUGAGUUUCAAACCACACGGUGUUUUCAGCUUAACAGUUAGAUUAAUACGAUUCCAUGAUUUACUGAACAGUGCACCUCUUAGUCUAUUCUGAUAAAGCAUCCUGGAACACACAAUAAAGUUAUUUUAAGUGUCCAUGGAGCAUCGUCUGCGCAGGUUGCACGAUGAUCCAAUGGUUCCCAGUGAA